AUGCAAAUUUUUGAGUCCCUGAUGCAUAAUGACGAAAAGAUUAUCGAAUUUGUGAACGUACAACGGCUAAACAGAGGAUACCAGUAUCAUUCGUGCAGCUACUUGCAUCUAUCAAUGCAUUACUGGGUGACAACCGUCUUUAACGUUUUAGACUUUGCUGACAAGCAAAUAGCCUCAGACACCAUCAACUUUUUGAGACAGUGCAAAAAUGACGAUGGUGGGUACGGCUCAGCUAAGGGAUAUCCCUCAACUGUGUUCAACACCAUGUUGGCUUGCCAGGUUGCAACAAUGCUAGACCAAGAUUUUUACGAUGAGCGGACAAUUGACUAUGUGCUUAGCUGUUGCAGAAACGGCAUUUUCUAUGCCGAGAAAUGUACUGAUGGAUUCAUUGAAGAAGACAACCGUUUUGUAUGCGCAGCCUUGAUUUCUUUAACUCUGCUGGAUGUGUGCAGGCGGAAAAACAUCGGUGUGUUCAACAAAUGCUCUGGACUCGUAACCAAAUAUGACAUGAGUGAGGAUUUUUUCAAGCUGUUGGAGAGAAAAGGAUUCGAAAAGGAUAAGACAAUACUCUACCUGCUGAAGUGUUACAAUAUGGACGGCGGUUUUGGCUGUAUUCCAGGUGCUGAGUCGCAUUGUGGUCAGAUAUAUGCAUGUUUGGUCUCCUUGAAGCUACUUAACGCUCUGCAUAGAGUAGACAAAGUACAAAUCACGUUCUUUCUUAUAAAUCGCCAGGAGGCAUCGGGCGGGCUGAAUGGGCGGCCUUACAAGAAAGAAGAUGUAUGCUAUUCGUUCUGGACACUUUGCAGCUUGGACAUCCUAAACGGCACCAAGUAUAUCGACUGCGACAAGCUAAGGGAGUAUAUUCAUAAUUGCUGGUCGGAUGACGGGGGCUAUGCAGAUCGACCGGGUAAUGUCAGCGACUGUUUCCAUACAAUGUAUGCACUGCUGGGACUGCGCAUUUUGGACGGAGACCAGCUUUGCAAAAGCGUACUUCAUCUUGGAAUGUAUGUGCGAUGA